AUGGCAUCAAGUCUAGUAUCUCUACCUGAGAUAGAGCGACUCAGUUCACGGGUAAUCAGAAUACUAGGAGGAAACCCAGGAAAAUUCACCUUACAAGGAACAAACACCUACCUAGUAGGCCAAGGACCAACCCGCCUCCUAAUCGACACAGGCGAAGGAAAGCCUUCCUGGCUAACCUCCCUCCAAAAAGUCCUCUCGUCAGAAAAAGCCUCCAUCGAUCGUGUAAUCCUGACCCACUGGCAUCACGACCAUGUCGGCGGAAUACCCGAUCUCCUAACCCUCUACCCAACACUCAAAAUCUACAAACACAAGCCUUCAGAAAACCAAAUCGACGUCAAGCAUGGAGAAAUCUUCAAAAUCGACGACACGACAUUGAGGGCAUUUUAUUGUCCGGGACAUACAAAUGAUCACAUGGCAUUGAUAUUGGAAGAGGAAAGUGCAAUGUUUACGGGUGAUAAUGUGUUGGGUCAGGGCACAGCUGUGUUUGAGGAUUUGUCUGCUUAUAUGGACAGUUUGCAGAAGAUGCAGCACGAGUUCUCGGGGCAAGCUUAUCCGGGUCAUGGACCUGUGAUUGAAAAGGGAAAGGCGAAGAUUCAGGAGUAUAUUCGCCAUAGACAGGAGAGGGAAGGGCAGAUUGUUGAUGUGUUGGGGAGAGAGGUUGAAGGAGGCAAGAAAGGGUGGAAGUCGAUGGAUUUGGUGAGGGUGAUUUACAAAGGGUAUCCUGAGAAUUUGCAUGCACCUGCGGAGAGGGGUGUGUUGCAGGUGUUGGAGAAGCUAAAGAAGGAAGGAAGAGUUGGAGUGCACGAGGAUGAAAGAGCAUGGUUCUUGCAGUCGAAGCCUGCAUUGUAA